AUGGGAGGCUUUGCGAGAGCGCCCGAGGAUAGGCCUACGCCGCCCGAGGUGUAUAACUGGCGAGUCUACAUUGCCGCCCUUGUGAUAUCUCUCGGUAUUCUGGCCUACGGUUACGACUCUGCCUUUAUCGGCACGACCAUCGCCCAAGAGAGUUUCCAACGCGACUUUGGCAUCACAAAAGCAAACAAGAAUGAAGUUACUAGCAACAUCACAUCUAUCUAUUCUGCAGGGGGCCUUGUGGGGGCGCUACUCAUGUAUCCAUUUCUUGAGCUGCUAGGGAGGAGGGCUGCGGUCAUCGUCUCUGAUGCGGUCUUUCUUGUCGGAGCGGUCAUGUGCACUGUUCCCAAAAACCAACUCAGCCUCAUCCUAGCUGGGCGUUUCUUCACCGGUAUGGGCGUAGGCGGUCUCGCAGCUGUAUCCCCAGUCUUCAUCGCGGAAAUCUCACCGCCUGCUAUUCGCGGUCGCUUGACUGGUUUCUUCGAAUCCUUCUACCAAACUGGCGCAGUCAUUGGGUUCUGGAUCAAUUAUGGGAUUGUUUUGAACAUUGAAAAAUCUAAAUCUACCGCAUGGAGGAUACCAAUGGCCGUACAGCUCAUCCCUGCCGGUCUUCUUGCUUUGAUGAUACCUAUUCUCAAGGAAUCCCCUACCUGGCUGCUGAAGCGCGGUCGCGAUGCCGAGGCACUCAAGUCUUACGCUUUCUAUCGCAAUCUGCCAGAGGACCAUCCGUACAUUGCACAAGAUGUCCAAUAUGUGCGGAACGAAAUUGCCAAGGAGCGUGCUGCUCUUUUGCAUGGCGAAAUGCACGCCAGUUUUCUCACAAUCACAAAGGCUGCAGCACGGGAAGCAGCUUUGCCGGGAAUGAGGAACAGAUUCCUCUUGGUGUUUCUCAUGUUUAUGUGGCAAGCAUGGUCCGGUGCUGCAGCAAUAAAUUACUACUCCCCCACAAUCUUCACCUCCAUAGGCCUCUCCAACAUCACCCUAUGGACCGGCAUCUAUGGAGUAAUCAAAGCCGGCGGCUCCGUGAUUUUCUUUACAUUCUUCAUCGACAAGUUUGGUCGGAAAUGGCCAUGGAUCGUGUCUUCACUUAUCUGCGCCUUUUGCCAAUACUACCUUGCAGUCUAUAUCGCGCUCGGCAAGCCAACAGUAGGACAACCCAUGUCCGACUCUACUGUCGCAGGGGGCAAGGGGGCCACGGCAAUGAUUAUGAUUUUUGGGGCUGCAUGGUCGUUUGGAGCGAAUGGUCUCCCGUGGAUCAUUUCUUCCGAGGUAUUCCCUGCGUCCAUGCGGAGUAUCUCGGGUCCAUGGGCAGCAGCUAGUGUUUGGAUUUGGACGCUGGUCGUAACAAAAGCGCUCCCGCAGAUGUACACGAGUAUGCGAUGGGGCGUCUAUGUCUUCUUUGCCACGGCACUGGUCUGCGCGAGCGUUUAUGCGUGGUUCUGUAUUCAUGAUACAAAAGGUUUAAGGAUGGAUCAGAUGGAUGAGUUGUUUGGGUUUGGGAAGAGAGAGGAGGUUAUCGUAGUGAGGGCGGCUAGCGUUGAUGCGAAGAAGAUGCACUAUGGGAGUGAGCAUCUUGAGAAGGCGCCGGACGGAUACGCUACAGCAGUAUAG